CUCGUCUGUUAAGUCACAGCGAGCCGAGCAAGCAGGCUGGAAACGAGCCGGAAUACCGGCGUUCAUACGGACUGAUAUAAGAGGGAAAGCUGCUCAACCACAUCGGCAUCGUGACGCUGAUUUAUAACACUGCAGCCAUUUGUGGACAGAGUGGAUAUAGGCUGUUGUCUUGGAUCUGUGCGAGUUACAGUUUAGCAGAUUUCCACUCAAUACAUGCCAAAACUGGGGAAUCUUGAGGAUUGUGAAACUUUGUCGCGGAACUUUGAGGUUUUCGCCACUAUAAUUGGCUACCGAAUGGAGCAGCAGCCGAGCGCGCGGAGUUGCGCGAGCCGCGGAGCUCCGUCUUGCGAGGCCGUCCCGGGCGAGCCGCCUAUCAGUUUGCACAUUCAGUCCACGACGGGCACGCGCUUCGAGCUGUCCCUUCCGGCCGAGGAGACGGUGGAAGGGCUGAAGAGGAGACUGUCUCAGAGACUGAAGGUGCCCAAAGAGAGACUCGCUCUGCUGCACAAAGAGACGCGCCUGAGUUCAGGGAAACUUCAGGAUUUGGGCAUUACAGACGGGAGCAAGUUGACUCUCGUCCCGACGGUUGAAGCAGGUCUAAUGUCUCAAGCAUCAAGACCCGAGCAGUCAGUGAUGCAGGCCUUGGAGAGUCUGACAGAAACGCAGGUCAGCGACUUCCUGUCUGGCCGUUCUCCUUUGACCCUGGCCCUUCGAGUAGGCGAUCACAUGAUGUUUGUCCAGCUGCAGUUGGCAGCGCAGCACUCGGGCAGCCAGCAGUUGCAGCACCAGCACCUCAUUUCACGUGGGACCUCAGAAGGCACGACGGGACACUCGGCAGGGGCCGUGGGUUCUGCUGCUCGAGUCUCGCACAGCCCCCAUCCACACCCACACCUGCACCCACACCCACAUCAACACACUCACCCCCACCAUCGGCACACAACACUCCCACCCAGCCCUGCAGCCUUUACUCCCUCCCCUUCUGGCCACUCUGUGCCCCUCAUGUACCCCACCUCAGCCUCCAGACACUGCAGUACCCCGCCCUGUCCCUCACCUCUACCGGAUGGCCUCCUCCGCUCCCAGCAGCCCCCAUCAGCCUGCCCCAGCUCCCCGAGCAGCCCCAGCCCUGCUGCCCCCUGUCCAGAGGCAAACUGCACUGCUAAGACUGCCAGCAACUGCAAUGCUCCCUCGCGCUCCCGCAAACCAGGUGCUAUCAUCGAAAGCUUUGUCAACCACGCUCCGGGAGUUUUCUCUGGAACAUUUUCAGGCACUUUGCAUCCAAACUGUCAAGACAGCAGCGGGCGCCCACGACGGGACAUCAGCACCAUCCUGCAGAUCCUGAAUGAUCUCCUGAGUGCUACCCGCCACUACCAGGGCAUGCCCGCAUCCCUCACGCAGCUCCGCUACCAGACACAGUGCGGCAGUUCAGGCUCUCCAGCACCCUCACCCCCGCCUUCCCCUCCAGCAACGUCUGAACUUGCCGGCAUCUCCUCUGAAGCUACCUCCAUGCCCUCGGUGAACCAACCCUCCCUCCACCCCCUGGUCCAAUGCCAGAGCCAGGUCCGAAUGUGCAAGCCUCUUGGUGACCGGCUGCGGCAGACGGAGAACCGGGCCACGCGCUGCAAGGUGGAGCGUCUGCAGCUGCUCAUGCAGCAGAAGCGUCUGCGCAGGAAGGCAAGGAGGGACUCCCGUGCCCCCUACCCCUGGCUGCCCAACCGCAAGGCCGGCCGCAGCAACAGCAACAGCAGCAUGUCCAGCGAGGGCUCCCUGGACCUGGACUUUGACGACUCUGUGUGGAAGCCGGACGUCAAGGCCGACAUGAAGUCGGAGUUCAUCAUGGCCUGAAACGGAAGCGGAGGGCGCGUCGUCUUAAUGGAGGAGGGAGACGAGCCGACAGAGUAUAGGGUGUUGUGUACAGGAAGGGGAACCGUGUGAAACUUCAGCCUGGUGACGACUGAGAAAAAUUCAAAGCAUUGUAUGCUUCCCUUCAACCACAGACUUGUUUCACAAAGGAAGUUAAACUGACAUUUUACCGUAAUGUCCCCGUCAGCGUAUCAUUAAGGAGAUGGACCGAAUUUCAGGUUGAUUACGCGGUGGACUUGGAUUAGACUGAUAACCGCGGAGGACGCAGAUGCACACUGUCACAAGAAGAAAAAAAAAACGCAAGAAAUGAGCAUAGCAGACUUUAAUGGUGUUGGGGUUUUUUUCUUAAUUUUUUUUUUCUUUUUCCUUUCCAAAGGAGAACACGGGGCAAACGCAGCUACCACGAAUCCAGAAAACUUCACUGGUCUUGCUGCCACCUAAUUUUAUUUUCUUUCCCACAGGGGCAUUUAAAACAAUUUUAGGAGCCAUGAAGCAGAUCUCAAAUGGGUGGGGUUAUUUCUUUUGUUUAUGCUUUUUAUUACUAUUAAUCAAUUUACUAUUUUUGAAAAAAAAAAAAAGAAAAAAUAUGUAGCAUUACCCACAUAGCAUUCAGGUUUUUGAUCUUAUGGACGAGGAGGUUUUAUUUGCACAUAUCUUUUGAUUUACAAAACUAAGAAAUGGUACAAUGCAUGUUCAACAACGCAAAUGCUUCUUAAAUGCAGCUCGGUGUAGUGACAGAGGUUUAAAGUUGGAUUUAUUCUCAGAAAACAGAAAUAAAAAACACCAAAAACAAGAAACAAAAUAUGAUGAACUGUAAAGUCAGUCAGUUUAUAUACAUAUAAAUAUAUAUAUAUACAUAUAUAUAUUUUCCUUUUUAACAUGAUACUUUAAAAAAUAGUUACUGAAUAUGGCUUGGGUGAAGCCCUGAAAUAAAUUGUGUAAGUCGUAUAGCUAUCUAAACACAGAGUUCCUUUCAGUUUGUCCUCAUAUCUGUGAAGAAAAAGGUACAUUUUAGCAUAGAGUCCAUUAAAAUAGCUCAUUCUGGCAAGGCUUUUAUUCGUUUCUCGGAAACGAUCAGGAAGAUACUGAUUAACAAACUUUGGACCCCAUCCUUCCCCAUGAUAACUACCCUGUCUUAUCUACGCGAUGCUAGUCUCUCGAGCAAACCUUUUGCAAAUUGUUCUUAAAUUGCCCUUAUUUAGGCCCCUCAGCCUGUCUCUUAGAUCAAGAAAGAGAACAAUAGGCCUGCAGUCGCCAUCUUCACCUACUCGAUAGUGCCUCACUGGUAGAUGCACUAACAUCCAAUUAGGCCUUCCACAGACCCGACAGUUCUGCUGCUAAGUGGGACUUUACUUUGCAUGCAAAUGUGUGAAUUAGCCUCACCUUUUUGUAGGAGGAAAAAAAAAAAAACGACAGAACGAGAGAAACCGGUGCUUAAAAGAAAAAAAAAAUGCAUGCAUUUCUGAGGAAAAAAAAGAAAAGAGUUGCUCAGCUGACUAGGAUUUCCUAAUUAGAGAUGACAUUACAUAUCAGUGGCGAAACAAACCAUGUGGCAGGCCUUUUUUGUUUGUGUUGGUCGUUUUUUUUUACACAGUGUUCACGGAGCAUUCCUGGACUGUGAUGAGCUUAGAGCAACUGAACUUUUUCUGCACCCAGCAAAAAGGGGUCCACAGAGCUAAACAGCAUGCCCCAGGACGUUGGACCAGUGUCUGCCCCUACUGACUUAAAACUGUACUCAAGAAUUUGUAAAAAAAAACAAAAAAAACGAACGAAAGGAAAAGUGAAAAGAAGAACACGAUUGCACUCACUGAGUUUGCAAUGAGAUUACUUGCCUAAAGGGGAACCUAGUCUUUUUUUUUUUUUCUUUUCAAGUGGCCUUAACUUUCACAAUGAGACACUUGGGGACUGGGGGACUAGAUAGGGAUGUUCCAUUUUUUUGCUGUUGUCAAUAUUCUUGAUUUGUUUUUUGUUUUUUUGCCAAAACAUCAUCAUUUUCUCCAAUUAUUUGGGCAACUCUUUGCAUUUCUUAAAGGUGGAAGCUCUAAUAUGUCAAGGCUUCUGUGCCUUAAAAAAUUGCCCUUCAGUGAUCGAGGAAAAAAAAGUUCUUCAGUAUCAUACGAGUUCUGGUAGAAUAAUAAUAAUAAUAAUAAUAUAUUUUUUGCAAGUAUUCAGCACUACCUGGAUAUAGAGGAAUGGCUUCAGGUCUCCAUACUUUGUUGUAAAAUCCUUUAAACCCUAAUCUGUCCUACCGCCAAGAAGCUGAAAAGCAACAAAUUUACAAAUCAAUUGUAAAGAAAGAAAGAAAUAAAAUGAAAAUUAGUGAGGAAGGUUCCGCUGUAGUGCUACAGCUAAAAAGUGCCCUGACUCUGAACGUCCUUUAAGGACAGGUUACUACAUGCACUUCCUCCCUCCUUCGAUAAAAGAUUUCAAAGGACAAACCCCUCCCCUCAUCUCCACCCUGACCCCCACCCAAACAUUUUUUUAAUUUCCAUAUAUGUAUGAAAUAUACUCUGUGUGUGCCUCACCUAUAUGUGAAAUGAGAAAAAAAAGAAGAAAAAUGAAAAAAAAAAUGAGUUUGAGAGCGGGACGUUUUAAGGGGUGGGGUGGGGCAGGGGGGCGUUUACAAUACAGUUUGUUGAAGUUCACAUCAUUUGAGUUGCCUGUUCUUUCUUGUAGCCAACAAUUAAAGAUAAUAACAAGAGUCAAAAAUACAAUGUUCUAGCUAUAGACCGGUGUAGCACAUGUGUGACUGUAUUAAUUUAUAAAAAACCAAAAUGGUAACUGUGAAUUAUGUAUUUCUUUGUGCAUUUUUUUAAAAAGUGGGAGAAGGCGAAGAAGGGGCAUGGCUAUGCCCCCCUGUUUUUGUUUUUGUGGAAUAUAAUGGAAAUAACCAAGUAAAAAAAAAAACAAAACAAAAGAAAAUAUCUAAAUAUAUUUUUUUCUUAAGCAAUACAUUUCAGUGUGACUUGUGAUAGGACAUUUUCUUUUUUAGGUAAUAAAUUGGAAGAAAACA